GGGACUGUAGAAGCAUGCUGUCAGUCCACGAGCUGCCGAGUCUAAGGCUGCUGAAGACGCAACCUGUCCCGUGCCUUUUUUGUUCAGUGACAGCUGUGAACCAGUGACUUGAGAGGCUCUUUCUUUGUUUUUAUACGCGACCCUCAGCUUAAAUAUCCAAUUAUUAUUAUUUUUUCCGCAUUUUGUCUGUGCUUUGACUUUUGGUUGUCUUCCGAGACACCCCAGCUGGAAUAAUUUUUUGUCGGCGUUUUCAAAGUGCUUUUUGAGUGGCGUCAGUCAGUGUCUGCAGUGUUUUUGUGCCUAUCGUCGCAGGAGGGUUAUACUCGCAGUGAAGAAGCUUCCAACUUCCGCUCUGCAACUGCAGCGAGCGGCCCUCCUCACAAUCGGCGCUCCUCAGAGCAUGACGAUUUCGCUCUAAGGCGGCCACUUUUCACAUGCAAUGGGCAACCAACACAGCCACAAACACGGUCUGUCGCACAGUCCGAGCGGACGCGUGCCAGUGGAUGCAGUGCGGACCCUGGGACCGUAUGGUCCGCAGCUGGACAGUUGGUCUCAAUCCUCGGGCAGAAAGUCGCACACGGCACCAUCCAGAGGCGGCCCAGGACGCUCGAGCUUCAAGACCUCCGAAAUUAGAGCUUCGUUCCGUGGUAAAGGUAGCCAGGCAGCGACCCCGACCGAAGAGCCUGUCUGUAAAAUCGUACCCUCUCCAAGUAACAACCUCGCGUUGCUUGCCAAGAAAGAGUUAAAGUCCAAGAUCGUUGCUUCGGCCAGCGACAACUCUAUCUGCAACAAAAGCAACGGCUUCAAACCAGAGGUGAACAUCCAGAACUUCUUUGGCAAGCAGCAAAAAGUCAGCAAAGACAAAGUGCCUACAGUGAAAAUCACCUCAGCGGAAAGGGAGAGGAAAAUAUCUACCGGCGGCGACUGUGAGAAACUGAAAAUUGAGGAUGCUGCUCCGCUGACGCCGGUCGACAGUCAUUCGCGAGAUCUUGAGGGCACCGCCCCGUCGGUGACCACCGAGGUGCCCAGUCCCCAAGAAGAGGCUUCCACCCCGACUAGCAGCGGCAGCACAGAAACUGCCAGCUCUGACAAACCGUCGACCAGCUCCUCGCCGACCACUUCGAACAAACCGAGUCUAGACGAUUCGACUGUGACAGCCUCUGACGCAGGGCAGCUGCCGUCGUCAGCCGCCUCCAGUCCAGACAAACAGCCACCACCGCCCUCACCAAAUACGUAUCCUCUGGCGUUUACAAUCGACUUCAGUGAAGGCAAGAAACUGGACAUCGGAGACAGCAUCAGCAAAUUUGCACCAAAGCACAUAAGAAAUUUGUCUUUGUCACGUCAGGAAGAAGCAAAGGCCCUAAAACAAGAGAGGGAAGACAAAGUGGAAAUGGAGCCGAAGAGUAAACCUGUGCUCUGUGCUGUGUCACCAACAGCGCAACCAGCCGCAGUUCCGCUGCUCAGAAGGGCCGGUUACCAUUCUGAGGGAUAUUUCUCCAGCGACCAGGAAGAAGACCUUAGCAUCAAGAGCGAUCUCACUGCUGUGAAAAAGAACCAAGAUAAAAUUUUGAAGCCUUCAACCUUGACCCAAGACAAGAAGUCUAAGCCUGUCAGCUCAUUGGCCAUUGAGAGCAACUCACCUACGAACAGGAGAUUGCUGGCUCCUGGAGACCGAAGAACUUUCUCUCUGGAAGAGAGUGCUUCGCAACACUUUGCAAGAAUCCUGGCAGAAAAAACUGCCUCCCCUCCCAAGAGCCCUGAAAAGGAAGCUCCGGAUUCUCCUUCAGACAAUGUCAGUGAAACUGGAACGUACACCAUUGACAAAGAGAGUCCCUCGCCAGAAGAAGAGAAGGCAAGAAGCGACAUAGAUGCUGUGUUUGGCGUCGGGGAAGAGGACGAAAGGGCUGAAGGAAACCUCAACCGUACUUUCACCCGCAACAAGGAUAUGAAAAACGGGCACGACGAACAAUCUGUUCUGUCUUCAAGUUACCGGGCUGGUCCCAAUUGGAUCAAAGAAUGGGCUGCACAAGUUGCCGAGCAGCACAACAGCCAGCCACUCUCCCCACCAACUGAGCCAGCAUUAGCGUCCAUAAAAGCUAAAGGCCGUGCUACGUCCCCGCCAAGGGGCGCGAAGCCAUCUCCAAGAGCUAGUCCUGCACCUCCGUGCCGAAACUGGUCCCCAGCCACAGCGGAGGCGUCAUCAGUUGUGAAGGGCCGAUACAAGUUACCAAGUCUGUCCUCCCCUGUGGCCAGUGAUUUUUCCGAUCCUUCCGAUAGUCCAGUUCACAAGAGAAACGUUGACCGUGUUGAAAGAGCAGCAGACAACGAGACUGAGUCUUUCCUGCGCACCACAGAAUCGGUGAUGACGGCCAUGCAAGCCAGAAUGACCUCUCAGUCAAAUGAGAACGCAGACUCCGAGGAGGAGGCAGGUCUCUCUGCUGGAGCUGUCACCGCCAAGUCCCUCACUGCGCAGCUCAGGGCCAAACUGAAAGCCCUGGAGCAGAAGUCUGUCAGGUCAAAGCACCACGCAGCAAUAGCCGCCGCCGCAGCAUCCACAGUAGUCGUGACUGCUUCUUCCCCUCCACCGAUCGCACCUGCACCAACUUCACUCGCUCUCAAGAGAGUUUCUGGACCUAAAAGCAAGGAUGAGAGGCAGUCGGACAGCAGCAGUGAUGCUGGAGAUCACAAGCCAAGGUCGAGAGAGCGCUCUGACUCCGUGGGACCACAUACAAGGUACAACAGGGCAUUCAGCUUAAGAAGAGCUAGAUUAGAAGCAGAAGAAGCAAAGACAAAGGCGCCGCCACCAAAAUCAGCACAUGUUAAACCUUUACCCCAAGCCACAGUGCCCAAGCUGAAAAAGGAGCCCCCAAAGACUGUUAGCAAGCCACCAUUGAGCAGCAGCAACUUCCAGAGAACAGAUGGUGGCAGAUAUAGUUUGCGAGCAGGAAAAGUCAAUGCACAGAUACCUUCAGCGGCUACAUCCAAAAGCAAACCUCCUGCUGCCGCGCCUAAAAAGGAUUCAGCAAAGAAGACCAACUCUGCCAGUGGCAACAGAAGCAGUUCAAACCUGUGCUCCAAGGAAAUGGAGUUCCAGAACUGGAAAAGGAGGAAAAACUAUGAUCCUAUGAAAGCAGCCGCUGAGGGCAAGAAAAAGGCCGCAGCUGCAAAGAAUCCAGCAAGUCAGGGGACGGAUGUGAUGACGCAGUCUGCGAUUGUCAUUACCCAGUCAUCGCCCACUUCAAGUCCGGUGAAUUCAAUCCUCAGGUCUGCGUCGUUCCACGGAACUGGCGCGAUGGCCUCUAUGACUUCUUCUCGUGGAUCAAACGCCACUUCUGAAGAUGAAGCCACUCUCUCCGCUGACGAAGACCUGGCAGAAAAAAGCAACAGUUCCAUUUCGCCCCGCCACAUGAGGGUACUCACAUCUUCUCCGAUGAGGGCUGUUUCUCAGCCACCAGAUCACCUGAGUCCCAGAAAGAAGUCACUGGAUGAAACUCUGGAAGGAGGCAGUUCAAGGGGAUUUGUUAGAAACACAACUCCCACUUCUUCAGUGAGAAGCAGAGGAAAGUUUGAGGCUUUGGAUAACCUGGUCAUUGCUGCUAUUCACGGUUUCUCCAACAAGAUUAAAGGGAGCUCUCACAAUGUGCUAGGAAAAUUGAGGGUUCUCUUCCAAGAAGACCAGGACAAGGUUUUGAUGUUGGAGGAUGCUCUCAACUUGCUAGAGGAAUCAGAGCCAACAACCUCCUCCCCGAACAAAAGUCCUUCCAAGGAACUGUCUGGCACCCUAAGAAACCUUAAGAAGCUCGAGCAUGUGUUCAAUGUUUUAGAUGAAGUGUUAUUUGGCGAUGAGGAGCUGGAGCUGCGAGAUGAAGAUGAUUUGAGCGAGCUAGACGAGGCCGAGUAGAGUGCAGUUGCAAGUGAUACUGACUGAUUUAUUGUGAUUCAACAAGUGACGUGCUGCUUAGCAUUUCAAUUGUGAUUAUUUUGUCUUUUGUAUUCUCCUAACACCUACCAUGUUGGUUGUCUUUUUAACGUAUAGAAAACUCGUACUAUUUAUGCAAUGUAGAAUUUGUUCAAAACUGAUUUUUUAUUACAAAGCAACGGCUACUUGACGCCGCGUAAUUUAAAGUAUAAUUAUGGAAAGCCUCCAUCCCUGUGUAAAUUGGUGCUAAUCCAAGUAAAGGUCAGUCCACAGACCUGUAAAUUAUCCUCACACCUAUUAAAAAAGCAUUUACAUGAACACAA